GAGAGUCAGUCACCCAACUAACUCACUCUGCACAGUCAGCCCAGCCCAGCUCAAGCCCAGCCCAGCGGAAACUGGGGAUCCAUUUCAAGACGUACACACUAGCCCAACAGCAGCUUCACUCCUCCUCCUCCUCCUCCUCUCUGUCAUAUUCCCCCUGAUUCCCUUCUUUUCUUUCCCCCCCUCGCCCCCUAGGAACGACCCUUCUUCGCACAUGCUCGGCCCGCGCUGCAGAGCGGCUUUGUUUAUUUCUUGAAUUCACAGUCUCGGUUGCUGUUGUGGCAUCCACACGCCCCUAGACCCGGACUCGGAGCUCGACUUGUUGGCAGUCUUUAGAGCGAGCAGUCGGGUCGAGUACGAGAUAUCCCGCGACUCAAAAUACAAUCAGCACAACAACACUUGCACAAACAACAGUCAACAUGGUCGCCGACCCCAAUGCUGCCUCCAUCACGGUCUCAGUCCGAGUGCGACCGUUCACGAUCCGAGAAGCCGCCCAACUAACCCGCAACGAUGAGGGAACCGUCUUCCUGGGCGAUGGCUCUCUCGCCGCCGCACCACCAAAGCUCCAGAGGGGCGGCAUUAGACCUGUCAUCAAGGUCGUCGACGACAGAUGCCUAGUCUUCGACCCACCCGAGGACAACCCAGUCCACAGAUUCGGCCGAUCUGUCGUGCCCAGCGGCAAGAAGGUCAAGGAUCAGACCUUCAUGUUCGACAGAAUCUUUGACGAAAAUGCCACACAAAACGACGUCUACGAAGGCACCACCAAGCAGCUCCUCGACAGCGUCCUCGACGGCUACAAUGCCACCGUCUUUGCCUACGGUGCUACCGGUUGCGGCAAGACGCACACCAUUACCGGCACAUCCCAACACCCCGGAAUCAUCUUCAUGACCAUGCAGGAGCUGUUCGAAAAAAUCAACGAGCGCAGCCAGGACAAGACCACGGAGAUCACCCUCUCCUACCUCGAGAUUUAUAAUGAGACCAUCCGCGACCUGUUGAUCCCCGGAGGCAGCAAGCAGGGAUUGAUGCUCCGUGAGGAUUCGAAUCAGGCCGUGUCUGUCGCAGGCUUGACGAGCCACCACCCCAAGAACGUGCAAGAGGUCAUGGACAUGAUCGUCCAGGGUAACGAAUGGCGUACUGUCUCACCGACCGAGGCCAACGCGACCUCCUCUCGUUCCCACGCCGUUCUCCAGAUCAACGUCUCGCAAAAGGACCGCAACGCCGACGUCAACGAGCCGCACACCAUGGCAACUCUCAGCAUCAUCGACCUUGCCGGCAGCGAGCGCGCCAGCGCCACCAAGAAUCGCGGCGAGCGUCUGCUCGAAGGCGCAAACAUCAACAAGUCCCUCUUAGCCCUGGGAAGCUGCAUCAAUGCCUUGUGCGAUCCGCGCAAGCGCAACCACGUACCAUAUCGCAACAGCAAGCUUACUCGACUCCUCAAGUUCUCCCUUGGCGGCAACUGCAAGACGGUCAUGAUUGUAUGUGUCAGCCCUUCGAGCGUCCACUUCGACGAGACCCAAAACACCCUCCGAUACGCGAACCGAGCCAAGAACAUCCAGACCAAGGUUACCCGCAACGUCUUCAACGUCAACAGACACGUCAAGGACUUCCUUGUCAAGAUUGACGAGCAGAUUGCGCUCAUCAAUGAGCUCAAGGCACAGCAGAAGGACGCCGAGAAGAUCUUCUACGCCAAGUUCCGCAAGCAACUGGAGAAGCGCGACUCGGUCGCUCGUGAAGGCAUCCAGCGUAUCCGCGUGGCCUACGACAACUCUGCCAACGACAGGCGGGAGAAGAUUAACAACAUGAAGAAGCUGCGGGCCUUCGAAAGGCGCAUUGGCCUGCUCUCGGCUUGGAUUGCCUCGUUCGACACGGUCUGCGACCAAAGAGGAGACGAAGAUGCGAUGCCCUCGCCCCUCCUCGCGAUCCGCAAGACUGCUCAGGGUAUCAUGGUCGAGUUGGAGCACAGCCGCCACCACAUCCACCAGAAGCUCGAGAACACCAACUGGGAACGGGCCGUUGAUACCGCCCUCCAUCAUAGCAUCAAACAGCUGCCCGGAGGCGACGCCGACGCCGCCGAGAUCGAUACCUUGACCCGCGAGGCGGAGCUUCUCAAGGCCAACUUUGGCAGAGACGCUAAUCGUGAAGUUUUGGAUAUGGACAAGGUCGGCGAUGCGGCCAUGGUGCAGGUUCUCCUGACCGCGCAGUUCGACAUCCUGGCUUCCCUUGAGGACACGUUGGAAAUGAACGAGGAAGAUGCCGUUGCACACGCAAAGCAGAUAAUCAACCGUUUGCUUGAAGCCGGCUUCUCGGCUGCUUCCCACGUCGUCAAGCCCGACGGUGCCAAGAUUCCCGUCGAGAAGUUUUCCCCUAGCAAACGAGGCACCCCGAAGCGCAAGAAGGCGGCUAUCAACAACAUCAACAAUACCUCUCCUGUCCGCCAGCCUGCCUUUGUCCCGCCUGCCGAGCCUGCGUCUCAACCCUUUGCGUCUCCCAUGAAGUUAUCGCCUCGUCGUAGGAAGGCAGGAGGGCCGCGGAGUCCUCGCAAGGGAGUCUCGUUUACGCCGGUGAAGAAGAAGGCGGAAGCGAAACGGGCUGUUCGCUGGAGGGAUGACGAGGACGAGCAAGGAACACUGGCGGAUUUCGAAAAGACACCCAAGAAGUUCGACUCGACGCCAGAGUAUAACUCACCCGACAAGUCGACUCUGAGAAUGCCCGCCCUGCCUUCCUAUCUGCAGACAGACGAGCCCAACUCGGACACGAGCCCGAGCCUGGAACUCCCCGAAUCGGCGUCGAUUCCGGCAGCCAAGCCUAACAGGUUUCAGGCUGGGUUCCUGUCCAAGGGCCGCGUCUCGUCUAUUGGUUCUGGGUCUCCGACGGUGCCGGUCCCGAUGAUGUCGUUGCCCCUGGGCUCGUCACCGUCGUCGGACAAUGGAGACCGUGUGGCUCCGUUGCGCGCUCUCGACGUGCACCGUUCAUCCAACCUGUCUCCGCCGAACUUUCGCUCUAGAAUUGCGAGGGUCAGCCCGCCUCCGAAGACGACCCUCUCGGGAAAUGUCUCGGCCGACGAGAACAACCCGCCAUCAUCGCACAAUGCAUCCGGCUCCGAGUCGGAGUCGCCCGGGUUCGAUGCCCGGAAGAUCCGAUCUGCCUUGCACUCGAUGAAGAAAGUCCGAGGCGAGCACCGUCGCGUGUCGUCCAUAGGAGGACCAUCGGCCAACAACGCCAGGCGGGUUUCUUCCGUCAGCUCGCUUGGGUCAAACCAUCGAGCAUCGGCGAGCUUCUCGGGACCGUUGGCUAGCAGCUCCAACGGCAUUUCCCGUCAGCGCCGUGCCAGUGCGGAGCGAAGACUUUCGCCACCCAUCAGCUGCUCGCCGACCGAUCUCAGGAGCGACCGGGCGUUCACGGCAGGACAAGCGAGACGGAUGCACCUUGGAGGCAGUCUGAGGGGCGAGGGAGGAAGCCCGCAGGCGCCUCAGCACAGAAUGGCCAGUGCCGACUUCAAAAACCGGCGCAUCACGAUUGGCAGCCUGGCGGCUACUGGAAAGAUCGAGAAGACUCACGCGUCCAGACCCAGCGUGGCGGGGUGGCGUUAAAAUUUGGUUCUCGUUUCAAUCAUACCCAUUUGCUUGUCGCGUCUCCAAAGACGCGACGUGAACGGCGGGGAGGAGUCUUUGGCUGCUGUUUCUCUUCCCAUCUUCUUUCUUUAGUAAUGGGCGUUGGGCACUCUUCAGGUUAUGGUCUUCGGGUUGUCUCUCUUUUUUUUCUUGGCCGUUUCCCUUUGGCCUGGCGGGGGGCCUGGUGGAACGUCCUUGUACAGUUGUUGUAUGCAUACAUAAGUCGUGGUCAUGGUAUAUUUACAGUUCAUCUGAUGAUGACAGUUCCGUCAAUGAUGUGGUGCGUCCGUGCGGAACUCGCAGUGGCAUAUGCUGAGUCGAAGAAGCUCUCACAAUGUCUAAGAAUAGCGGCCGGGAAGUCUCGACAGCAGUUUGUCCC